AUGUCCACAAACAUGGACUUUGACGAUGAGGAGGUUCUCGCCUAUUAUAUCACCCUUAUGAAGUCCUUGGCCAUGCGCCUGGAUAACGAAUCCAUAAAGUUCUUCUUUAUUCAGCACCCUGAGCCGUCUUUUCCCCUCUACAUUGAAGCAACCAAGUUCUUCAGCCAUCGCGAUCACAUGGUCCGGGCAACGGUGAGGACAAUCACUUUGCAGGUCUACAAAAUCGAAGACCAGCCAAUGCGCCGAUUUGUUCUUCGACAUGCAGCGGAGUCUUAUUUCAGCCAGCUGGCGUAUCAUUUGCAAGACCUGUGGUUGCGCCUCGAUGCCGCUGCUGCAAAAGCGACGGGCGAGGACAAUCUAUCUCAGGUACAGCGUGAGAACGAACUGCAGCAGGACCUGCAAAUCUAUUUGUCCGAUGUUUUUGAACUGGGUAUAGAGGAGCUUAAUGAGGUCCUCGCGGAUCGAUUGCUUAAUGCAGCCAUCCUGCCUGUUCUGCUGGCCGGAUUGACCACUUCAUCGUCCCAUCGAGUUGGUGGUGCAGCACGAACCCUGGCGCCCCACGUGUCGUUGUUCCUCGUCCGGCAGGUACUCGACACCUUCCAUUGCCCGGUCCUACUGGAGCCAAUGGCACAAGCGCUUCUGUGGUCUUCGGUUCCUGCCGCCUUGGCAUAU